AUGGCCCUAAGUCGUCGUGACCUAGCUCUGGCUGGCGUGGGCGCAUUCAUUGCUUGGGGCUUGCUGGUGCGCGAGCUACCGAUUCUCCGCUAUUUAGGAUAUGCCGUGACGCUGGGCGCCGUGCUGUCUCUCGCGAGUGUUCUGGCGCUUGUCGCACUGACAACCCGACAACAAGAUGAGCGUCAAAACACCAAGAACGUCUCUGUGGCUUUCAUCAAACCCGACCAUUGGCGCAAGGAGGUACUCAAUGUGCGACGGAGUACUCGAUACCGCGCACGGCCCCUCUAUCCAGAAUCCUUUGUUGUGUCAGAGGGCAUCGACGAGCUUUUAUCAUUCAUCAUACGAGAUUUUGUUUCUUCGUGGUACCACAACAUCAGUCCGAGCCCGAUAUUUGCCAAUGAGGUCGACCGAACGAUCCGUGUUGCUCUUGACAACCUGCGGGAUAGGUUGCUUGCGGAGGACAUGAUAUCGCUGGUGGUGUCACGAAUAAUCCCAAUCGUGACAUUGCAUUUGAAAGAAUUUGACAUAGCGGAACGUUUGGUGCGAGGGCGCAACUUGAACCGCAAUGUGACCGAAUCCGGCGAGCUAGACUUGGCCAUUGCAAAGAAGUACCGGGAUGGCAAGCUACACCCUGCUGUUGCGCUGUCCGUGACAGACCAGAAAAGUGUCCAGCAGGAGUAUUUGCGCAAACUGGCGCUUGGCUUGUUACCACAGCUAUUCCCAGGAAGUGUUUUGAACAGUCGGAUUGUCUCAGUCUUGAUCCGGGAGAUCAUUUCUUGUGCCGUGCUCCUCCCGAUAGUCACAGCAUUAUCUGAUCCGGAUACAUGGAACCAGUCCAUCGAAGCCUACGGUCGUACAGCCCUGCAGGACAGGAAAACUGUGCGUAAACUGCGUGCCGCAUUGGACGAGCAUGCAUCACCUGCGCCCAAAUCUAAACGGGGUCAUCCGUUUCCGCGGCUAUCAGUUACAGACUCGGAAAGAGCCUUUGAGAGAUUUGUCAGAGCAAUCAGGAAAUGUAACAAUCUCUCUGACGCGCGUCGCUUUCGCGCUUUGGUUUCCAGUCAGUUGAAACAAGAGAGCACGAUCGAAGGCCAAGAUCAAGUCUACCUGCGGCGAUUGGAGACUGGAAAAAGAGUUCUGGACCAGAAGGUAGCCAAGCUCUCCAAAACUGGCGAUGAUUCCCUCGUACCUCCUCCGUCUUUGGAUCUUCGACCCGACAACAAUGGACCCACCGUGCGGGAAACUUCGCUGGUAGAAGUUAUGCAUAGCGCCUCCGGGCUGUCUUAUUUCAUGGAGUUCAUGGAUCGCCAAAAGCUAAUGUCGCUUGUUCAGUUCUGGAUUGUGGUAGAUGGCUUCCGCAAUCCGUUAGAAGAUGACUUUGGUGACGGGGCCGACUCCAGCUCAAUUACAUGGAAGCCAGCAGACAGGAACGACAUCGCCCUUAUCAGCGAAACAUACAUGGCCAAGUCCGAGUUGAAGGUCUCAGACGACUCUCGCCGAGCAAUCAAGACAUUCCUCAGUGCCGGGAAGCGUGCAACACCAGAGCAAUACCGCAAAGCACGCACGGUUGUUUUGAGUACUCAGUCUGCCGUGCUGGAGCGUCUGCAGGAGACAUACUAUCCAAAGUUCAAAGAAUCCGAUCUGUACUGGAAGUACCUUGCGUCCGACGAAGCAUCCGUAAAUAACCAAGCCUCGUCCCGCCAAGCAUCUCCGAUAUCAGCCACAUUUGAACCUCAGGAGAGAAAACCCCUGCCACCUUUGCUAUCACGGACAUCCUCUCAGCCUGGCCAUCGGCCGGCCAAAGAUAUUCGACGAGCGGCAGUAUCGUCGAGCGAUGUUCGGGCCACGGGCAAAUUGUUUGAUGAUGACGACCCUCCACGGCGAUCCAUAGAUUCAGGGCGAUCUGGAUUGUUCGACGACGAAUACGACACAGACAAUAUGGCUACGUCGACCCAUAGCCUAGGAAUGAAUUCCCAGAAUGGCGAGAAUGAUGUCAGCCAAAGUCAAGUCCUCCAAACGAUGGAGGCAGCACUUAACGACAUCGUCACUGGCGAGCCUAAAAACGGAAGGUUGGAUGAUGUCAAAGGGGAGACCUCAGAGCUUUUUGGACCUGAGAGACCUGGUCUUGGACGGAACCUAUCCGAUGUUUCUCAGGCUGAAAGUCGCAGUAACGAGAAAAUGAAGAAGAGCAUCGCAUCACUGGGCCUAGUAGGCCAAGGAUCCCGACUCGGUGUCUUCGAUGAUGAGUUAUUCCCGGAUCAACAGAAAUUUCUCGAGGAUGAAUAUGAGGAGACAGAAGGCGUCGACGAAAAAGAUCCCGCGGAUGAAGUGCAUGAAGCCGCGCCCGGAGAUCUCGGUUUAACAGAGGCAAUUGAAGCCUUGUCCAUCGACAUUGAUAAGCUUGCAGGACAGGACGCCGUUGUUGAAGCCUUGACACGCAAAGCCGAACUUACGAACAAUACGGCAGAGCUGCGGAUCCUACGCAAAUCCAAAGCCAGCAUUGAACGUGAAAUCCAUCGCAAGGAAAUGCAACGCCAGCAAUACAUCCUCCAAGAAAGCGACAACAGUCUAUAUGGUCGGUCGACUGUCAGUCUCAAGUCUAUUGUCGUGGGAAAAGAGGAGGACGAUGGUCGUGAAUUUGCAAUGUAUAUUGUGGAGGUGCAAAGAAAAGCCGGAGAGCAAAUGCCAGCCGCCUCCUGGGUUGUUGCACGUCGAUACAGCGAAUUCCACGAUCUCCAUCAGAAGCUUCGCCAACGCUAUCCAUCCGUUCGCCACUUGGAAUUUCCUCGCAGGCGGGUUGUCAUGAAAUUACAAAAGGAAUUUCUCCAUAAACGCCGGCUCGCCCUUGAAGCAUACCUGAGAAAUCUUCUUUCCCUACCAGAUGUCUGCCGCAGUCGUGACCUGCGGGCAUUCCUAUCGCAACGUGCCAUCCUCCCCCACAAAGAUAAUAAUCGCGACAACGAAGGCGAGUCUAAAGACUUGGUGACUCGAAUCUACAACUCCGUUACAGACGGCAUGGAUGACUUCCUCGGCAACUUCGGUGUCUUAGAUCAGCUGUCAACGGCAGGCCAGAACCUGAUCUCUGCCGCAACUCAGCAGACCGGAACCACAGUAGCCCCGGAAUCCAGUCUUGCGACUGAAGACGCAGUCACAGCCGCCGAAGCAGAGGCCGAAUUGAAUGCCUUCGAAGACCGGGAGCUCGAGCCUUUCAUCAAGCCAAUUUGCGAUCUGUUCCUCGAGGCAUUUGAAUUGAACCGCGGUAAUAAUUGGCUGCGUGGCCGCGCCGUCGUCGUUGUCCUGCACCAGCUCCUGGGAGGGACAAUAGAACGCAAAGUUCGAGAUGGCGCCCGUGGUAUCGUCCAAGAUGAUUCGCUUGUCAAAUACAUCUCGCUCGCUCGGGAUCUCAUGUGGCCCGGUGGAGUCCUCCGCAAGACGCCUCCCCGAUCGGCGGCAGAUCGUCUCAACAGUCGGGCCGAAGCGACAGUGGUCUUGGCCACUUUAAUCCCCGAUUUAGCUGGCAAUGUUGUUGGCAGGGCGAAUGCCCAAGCCGCUGCACGACGCAUUUUCGCGACUUUGAAUAAUCCGUACCUUAACACCCAUCUCGUUUUUACCAUCAUUGAUGAGAUUUUCUUGGUUCUCUUCGGGAUGCCAUCUGGCCGUCCUCGUUGA